AAAUUAGUGUCAUGUCAAACCAACGACAGAAACAGCUGCAUGGGCCAAUGCUGUUUCAUGACAGAACUCUAACGUGUCGUUGCUCAUCCUAGACGAGCGGCUGCCAUCUUCGAGUUGGGAGGAGCAGGAAAAAGGAAAUACAGUAUUCACGUCGCAUUCAGGGAACCGGAAAGCGUCGGACGUUUAUGGAGCAGCGUACUAUUUUCAUGUGUUUCAUUUGCAAAUUUGUGCUUUUAAUUGUUACAAUAUUUUAGAAUACGCCAUAAACUCCGCUGUCUUCCUGGUAACUAUUAAUACGUUUUACCGUUAUAUUUUUGGCGUGGUCUGACCUACUAUAUAGAUCAUGUUCUCAAAAACACAUAAUAUUUAAAAUAUAAAGAUUUGUCGUCGCCCGUCGGCAGUAUAUGACUUAAAAGAAAUAAAGAAAUAAAUACAAUGACUGCAAAAUAGAAGCGGCGUUCUCAGUGCAGCCUCCCACAGAGUCCUACCAACUAGCCAAUCAACACGCAGUCCGGACGGAAGUGGCAUAUUUGAAAACUUGUCAGUUGAAGGCGAGCCUCGACCGACUUCUGUAAAAAUACAUAAAUAAACAAAGGAUUAACGUAACUGACAUCGCAAACAAGAUGGAGGAAGAGGAACAUUCAGACAGAAUGCAGAAACUUGCCAUGGUUUCUCAGAAGCUCAUCAAAAUUAAAAAAUAUCUAAACGAAGAUGACACUGACAAUAUUAAUCAUCAGAUCACCAGCUUAAAGUCGCCUGAAAGCUGUCUUUCAUAUUUGACGGACCUGGAAAAGAAAAGGGAUCCUCACUUGGAUUCUACCCAUCUCACAAGACUGAUCAGUUUUUAUACCAAGGUGUUCUCCAGUAUGCCACUACAAGUACACUGUCAAAAUGAGAGCUACGCCAGAAUGUUGGUCAGAUUUGCUCAGCUUAAAGCAAUUCAAGAUGUUAAUGAGGCAGAUGCCAAUUUCAAUGUGGCAAGAUCUAACAGCCAGAACUUUGCAUUUGUCCAUAUUGCACAUGCAGAGUUUGCACAUUCUCAAGGCAAAACAAAAAGAUGUGUGUACAUAUUGCACAAUGCAAUUGAACUGGGUGCCAAACCAAAAGAGAUGCUUGAGGCUGCCUUGCAGAGGUUGCAAGUGGAGAAAAUGCAACGUGUUCCUUCAGAGGACAAGGAAAAUGACCCACUAUCCUUCAACUGUACCACACAUGAGUCUGUUAAAAAGGGCUCAGACUUCCAGAAAGGAAGCAGGAUGUCAGAUGGGACAGGUGACUUGUAUCUGCCAAGCAUUUUUAAUUCAGGAAGUGAACCUUUGCCAGAUGACUUGCUGCUGAACUGGAGAUCGACAUCUCAUCGCAACAGGGCUGCUGGUUUGCCAGGCAGAGUUCCCAUUGUUCCUUUCUCCAUCUCAGAAAAGGAUGAUGAUGAUGAUGAUGAUGAUGGCAAUGACUUUAAUGGGAGGCCAUCAAACAAACAUGAUGCAUCAGUCAUCAAGAAUUUGUCCAGGCAACCAUCCGAUUCCAGUAUCGGCACAAAAUCUGAUCGAUCCUCUUCCAGGAAAAGUGCUAUGGAUGAAGAUUUUGUCAGCUUUCGGCCAUCCUCGGUAACUCCAGAGCAUCACACUUGGGAUGACCAGAGCUCCACAUCCACGCUUCUGCACACACAUGAUACAAAGGACACCCUGAAAUUGGAUGAUGUAACUUACAAUUUUGAACAGGUCAUCAGUUCAAAUUCCCCUGAGUCAUGCUGGUCUUACCUGGUCAACCUGGAAAAAAGAGGAAACCCUCAUACAGACAUCAAUCUCCUUAAUAAACUCAAGGAUUGUUAUUCCAAAGUCUUUUCCCGCUUGCCGAUAAGAAAAUACAGCAAGAACUCCACUUAUGCAAGGAUCCUGGUCAGAUAUGCAGAACUCAAGGGUAUUCAUGACGCAGAGGAAGCUGAGGACCAUUUCAUAGUUGCAAGGUCCAACUGCAAAGCCUUUGCAUUUGUCCACAUUGCACAUGCUCAAUUCGAGCUUUCUCAAGGAAAUGUGACCAAGGCGACUACAAUACUUCUCAAAGCCCAAUCAUUAAAUGCCAUACCAGCCGAGCUGUUGGAUGUGGCUCUGCGGAACCUGAAAACUGGAGAGAAACAACUUGUUCCCACGAAGAGGGAGCAAACCCUCACCGAUUUUGAGAUGGAUGUGUCAACUUGUGGGGGAAACCAGGACCCGCAGCAUCCUGCUGGAGUUGCUGUAAACCCAAUAGUGGACCAGCCCAAACCUGCAAGCAAGGCGGGUGUUUCAGAGUGGAAAAUACCAACGCUGAUGAAGCAUGUUUCUCCAGAGGAUAAACAUAUUACACCACCCGCUCCCAAACUGAAUCCUUGUGUGCUGAACUCACUCCCUACUCCAGCUCUUACUCUUUCAUCAAAAUUAAAUCCACAAAUUGUCUGCCAGACUCCAAACGACAGAAAUCCCUGUGCUAACAGCUUCAUUACACCUAUUGAAAAGAAAUACCCAGGAGUGUCAAAUUCCUCCGCAGUAGCACCACAUAGAGUUGGACUUGUGCACCCAUGCACGCCAUUGAACCAAGUGUCUGGUUUUCAGACUCCACAGGCUUCCUUUACUACACCGUCUAAUGAAUCAAUUACCAUUAAAGGCAAGCAGUUCUUCAUUCUUAAGAUGAUUGGACGAGGGGGAUCCAGCAAGGUGUACCAAGUCCUGGAUCAGAGAAAACAGUUGUUUGCUGUUAAAUAUGUGGACCUGGAGGAGGCAGAUGCUCAAACUGUGGAAAGUUACAAAAAUGAGAUUCAACAUCUGAACCACUUGCAGCAAUACAGUGAUCAAAUUAUAAAACUCUAUGACUAUGAAGUCACUAACAGGUACAUUUAUAUGCUGAUGGAGUGUGGAAAUUUGGAUCUAAAUACUUGGUUGCGGAACCGAAAGACUGUGAAUCCACUUGAGAGGAAAUUCUACUGGAAGAAUAUGCUCGAGGCUGUCCAUACUAUCCAUAAACACGGCAUCGUGCACAGUGACUUGAAGCCAGCAAAUUUUGUCAUUGUAAAUGCAUCACUGAAGCUAAUUGACUUUGGCAUCGCAAAUCGCAUCCAACCAGAUGUGACGAGCAUAAUGAAAGAUUCCCAAGUUGGAACCCUGAACUAUAUGCCUCCUGAAGCCAUUAAAGACACUUCAUCCCAGCAUGGAAAAGCACGCUCAAAGAUAAGUCCCAAAGGGGAUGUGUGGUCCCUUGGCUGUAUCUUGUACUGCAUGACCUAUGGGAAGACUCCAUUCCAAAGCAUCACCAAUCAAAUCACCAAGCUACACGCCAUCAUUGAUCCCUCUCAUAAGAUUGAAUUUCCUGACAUCUCUGAGAAGGAUUUGCUGGGUGUGUUGAAGAGGUGCUUGGUCCGAAAUCCCAGAGAGCGAGUGUCUAUUGCAGAGCUGCUGGAGCAUCCAUACCUGCAAUUGAAGCCACAGCUGUCUCCAGAACCAGGACGUCAAUGUAACAAUGAUCUCAAGAAAAUUCUAACAGAUCUUGCAGCCCUCCAGUCUCCCAACAGCAUCAUACGAGCAGCUAAUAAUCUGGCCAAAAUGUGCAGCAGUGGAAAGAAGCUAGAUGUGGCAGAGUGUGCAAAGUCAACCUAAUAAGGCAGAAAAUGCAAUGUAAAUAUGUUUUUUUUUUUUAUGUAUUUAAAUAGAAGCAGUAAAAGUUUAUAUUCGGCAAGUUGUGGAACUAACAGAGGUAGAGUUUUUAUUUCUUCAUGUAAAAUUGGUCAUUUUUUUGCCAGCCCUACAUUUUUUGCCUAUGUUCUGUUAGAUGCAUGUCAUAAAUAAACUUACUAUAUCCUCAGGACUUCUGCCUUAUCUGUGUAUGUUGCUGUAAUUCCUACCAAUGUCAUGCUCAUUCCUAAAGAGGUUCAAAAUGACCCAAAAAAACAAUUGGCUCUUAUUAAUAAUACAACUACAGUCUGAUGAUUGAAUGAUUGCAACCUCCCACAAUAAUCAGCAAAAUUCUUACAUUGGUACCUGCUGGAUGUUGCUGCAAUUUCCUCCACCCUGUCUUG